ACUGCGCGCGCAACCUCAAUUACCUGCGCUUAUUUGAUUAGCUUCUGUGACGUCAUUGAUACAGACACAAUUGAAACAGACACGCCUUUUCCGCCAUCUGCGACCAUGCCUUUUGUCACACUGUGGCAGGCACUUUUCGCUGUUAGAGAGAUCAGAAGACGUUUGGUAAGGAAAGAAGACGUAGGAAAUGUUCAAUCAAGCGACGGAGUUGAAAAGGUGGUUCUGGUGGAUGACGCCAAAAGUAGGGACGACAAAGAUGUGAAAUACAGCAGUGACAAGACUCACCCAGUACAAUCAAUUGAGAGCACUUCUGUGGAAAGGGAGUGUAAUAAGUGUAAUCAUGAGGGAUAUUGGGAAGCAAAUGACAGCAAAGAGGGAAUGGCUGUGAAAAAAAUGGAGUAUUUUGAACAAGAGAGGAACGUUGUCAUUUCCUGUAGCUCUGAUGAGUGCAAGAAUCUCAGUCAAAACACAAUGGGAAAGCAUGUGGAACAAAGAGAGUGCUCUAACGAACAGGCCAAAGUUGAAGAUGGUUGUGACUUUCAAGAGUGCGAGAAUACUGGUCAAAACACAAUGGGAAAGCAUGUGGAACAAAGAGUGUGCUCUAACGAACAGGCCAAAGUUGAAGAUGGUUGUGACUUUCAAGGGUGCGAGAAUACUGGUCAAAACACUAUGGGAAAGCAUGUGGAACAAAGAGUGUGCUCUAACGAACAGGCCAAAGUUGGGGAUGGUUGUGACUUUGAUGGGUGCGAGGAUACUGGUCAAAACACCAUGGGAAAGCAUGUAGAACAAAGAGGGUGCUCUAAAGAACAGGCCAAUGAUGAAGUUCGUUGUGACUCUGAGGAGUGCGAAAAUAUAAGUCAAAACACAAUGGGAAAGCAUGUAGAACAAAGAGAGUGCUCUAACGAACAGGCCAGUGAUGAAGUUCGUUGUGACUCUGAGGAGUGCGAAAAUAUUAGUCAAAACACAAUGCGCUCUGCUAUUUCCCUACAUGCGUCCGAGGCGGAGAGCAAGGGCGAACAUACUGCUCAUACCAGCUAUGAAAGUGGUGUCAAACAGAGUACCUUGAAUCCUCUAGCAAGACAGUUUCAUCCUUCAUGUCAGGCAACUCAUUUUUUUUGCAAAAAACAGCGCACCUUGAAUCCUCUGGCAAGAGAGUUUCGUCCUUCAUGUCAGACUAUUUGUUCAAAGAAAGUAGGGCAACCCAAAGAUAAAUCUCAAAUGUUUAAACGUUACGACGAGCCACCAGCCCAAGGGCGGCGACGGAAGCGGUCAUGCGGUCCUCCAAAAAUGCUUGGGGUGGAGGCACCUCCUUGGAGCCAUCCCCCGCCAAGCCAUCUCCCGCCAAGAUUCCCUCCCAGUCCACCAAGGAGACACUACAGAUCGGAAACACCAGGAGUAGCACCAUGGCUGCAGCCAUCUGUCCCAAACAGCUGGCCGACUCCACCACAGAUGAACAUUAUGCUCAAUGCUUGGCCAAAUACCAACAGGUGCUGCACGGACCAAGUAAGCGGUUUACUUGCAGAGCAGAAUCCCAGUAAUGGCAGUACUAUGAGGCCUAUGCCAGGAGUACUGCCAUGGCCACCGCCCUUUGCUUCCAACACUCGGCCAACUCCGUCACUAAUGAACGUUGAGCCUAACACAUGGCCAAAUAAUAGGAAUCCAGAUGCGUAUAAUCCUGUGGAGCAAUCACAAGGAGUAGCACCAUGGCCGUGGCCAUCUGUCCCAAACUACUGGCCGACUCUUCAACCGAUAAACAUUAUGCCGCCCAAUGCUUGGCCAAAUGCCAACAUGGCUCGCACGGACCAAGUAAAUGGUUUACCUGCAGUGCAGAAUCCCAGUAAUGGCAGUCCUAUCAGGCCUAUGCCAGGAGUGUUGCCAUGGCCACCGCCCUUUGCUUCCAACACCUGGCCAACUCCGUCACUCAUGAACGUUGAGCCAAACACAUAGCCAAAUAACAACAACAUGCCUGACUUGAAACAAGAAUUUUGGACACCUGCCGAGCAGAAUCCAUUUUAAAAAAAUUACAUUGUACCAGGUCCGAUACAACAGUUGUCAUCAUAUCCAAGAGGUGAUUUACAUGACACACAUAGCCUGCAUUUUUCUGCGAAGACUGCUAUCUUAUUUGUUUCUUUUUGUUGUUGUUGUUGUUUUUUUUUAAAGAGUUUUAAUACAUUUCUUCAUAAAUUCGAAAGCCAAACUUACUCUUUGUCAAAGGUUCAUAAAGCCAAUUGUGAA